AUGGUUCGUCUUCUAGGCGCAUUCCACGAAUUAACCGAUGGGACAGCAGAGACAUUCCGCGUUGCCUCUCGACCCACCGGCGCCCGAAACGAAACCCAGACGAGCGGACUGUUUGCUGCUGGAUCGCCAAAUGAUCAUUGUCAGUUGCUGCUGCUUCACGGGCCACGCUCCCAUGUCAUGCUGGAAGACGUCUUGAAACAUGCAGGGCUCGAAAUGAGUGCCGGCCAUUCGACCCGGCCUCCCACUCUCCCCUCACUGACUCUUACACUGGAAUAUUUCCGACGACUCCAGGUUAAACCACCCCGACUCGUCUUGCGACAGAAGUGUAAUAAUCCAGGGUCGACAGCGAGGUGUGAGGCGUGCCCGGCGCCCGACAAGCAGAGCCUGUGCACUGACGGCAGCUGGAUGCGAGUGCUGAGCGAUGCGCCGCUUGAGAUAGCGCUGCACUAG